AUGGAGCGGGGUAGUCACUUCGGAACCAACCUGUCUCACAGCUUCAGCAUGCCUAGCCUUGCUGAAGGUAGCGAGCCUAUCAGUGAAGCAGAAGAACUCCUUGAGGUGAAAACACUGAAGGAGAGAGGAGAUGAAGCCAUGCACAUCCAUGACUAUGGAGAAGCAAUAAAACUUUACAACGAAGCUCUUGAGAUAGAUGACAAAAAUGUAGACGUACUGAUGGCUCGGACAGCUGCCUAUCUUGAGGAGGGAGACUUCAUCAAGGCUCUCCGUGAUACAGAACAAAUGAUCCUGAUUGAGGCAGACAACCCAGAGAUUUACAAAUUACAAGGCAUCACUCUUUUCCACAUGCAACAAAAUCGAGAGUCUAUUAAUGCCUUACUGACUGCUCUUGACCUUGACCCAGAUAAUGCUGAGGACAUUACCGAUCACAUUGCUGCUGUGGUUGGCAACAUCUGUAAUCUAUCUAUAGACCUUGCAGAAACAUUACUGGAUAUGGAUGCUUACAAGAAGCUAAGUGAGGUUGGUGUAUGCUUAUUCCAGGCUAAGAAAUAUGAUAUUUGUGUCAAAGUGCUAGAGUCUGCUCAGAAGUUUCAAACAAAUCAGAAGGGCAUCACUAUGCGUGUAUUACUGACCAUGGCAAAUGCUCACUCAGCCAUGAAGCACAGUGAGCAAGCCAUCAGUCUGUAUCAGGAGUGUCUGUCUACAGCCAUCGCCACCCAUGAACAGAUCUAUCAGACCAAAGCUCUGGUGAACAUUGCUACAUUAUACCUGGAGAGUGGUGAUCUACAUCAGGCUAUAGUGUAUUAUGAAAAGUUGUUACACCUCGAGUCAGAACUUAUAGAGGAGUUUGGAACUGAGGAUCAUGUUCCCGACUUCUGGACACGAGAACUUCAGUGUGGCCUCCAUCUGAAUCUUAGCAUAGCCUACAAGUCUAUUGGUAACAUGCACAGUGCUGUAGUGCAUGCCAGACAGUACACAAAUCUGCUGGACAAAUACAACCUGACAGGCAAAAUAAUUGGUGAGUCAUACCACAACGCAGGCAUGCUGAAUGAAAUACUUGGAAAUUACAGGGAGGCCUUGAAAAAUUAUGAGAUGUAUCUUAAAACCUCAAAAGAAGCUGGAGAUAAGAAAGGGGUGGCUCAGGCGUAUGGGUGCCUGGGCAGUGUGUAUGCAGCUCUGCGCAACUGGAAACUGUCUGUUACAUAUCAUGAUCAAUACAUUUCAAUCGCUGAUAAAUCAAAUGACACUAGAAUGAUGAUGAUCUCCAGAGAAAUGUUGGCUGACACAUACAUGUUGAAGGGAGACUCUGAGGCAGCAGUGCUGCAGUACGAAGCCAUGUAUAAAACAUGUAUAAGGACAGACUAUCGCGGAAAGGCUACUGCUUUGUGUAAAAUUGGUAACGCCUUUCGUGACCUGAAGAGGAACCAGUAUAGUAUACAUUACUAUGAGCAGGCCUAUGAUCUCGCUCAAGACUACUUAUUUUCUGAUAUUCAGACACUGUGUGAAUUCAACAUUGCCUGCAUCAAACAACAAUCAACACAAAUGAUGGACAUUGAGCUAGCCAGGAAGUAUUUUUCAAAACUAAUUCCAUUUCUAGAAAUGAAAAUCCGUGAACAUCUGGAUGAGGACACACAUUGUCCAUCAGAGUACCACCAACAGUUAGUCAAGUGUUACGAUGGUAUGCAAUGUGUUCUUGCCAAACUGGGCAAUAAGGAUGAAUGUCUACAAUUUGCGGAGAUGUACCGACGGCGUCAUCUGACCCAGCAGGCUGGCUAUUUGGGGUCGCUGUCCUCCGGACUUACCGGAUACAGUCAUGGGUCAGUGCUUGAAGUGUGGACUCUGGACCGUAUCAACCGAGUAGUGAGCCAACAGAGUGCUUAUAUUCUGUACUACUCCCUCAUCAACAGUCACUUAUUACUUUGGGUGAUAGCACCUGGUCAGGGCAUUGUCAGGUUCUACUCUCGCAAGGCAGACGAUGACAUGGACAUGGUAGAGCAGGUAAAAGACACCCUAGAUGAGCUGAGGACAUAUACAGAUCAUAAGUCUUUACAAAACUCAUGUGAGAACAGAUGCUUGCCUCCAAAAGAUCUUGAACUGGAAUUAGUAAGGAAAAAGAACAUGAUGUUAGGGAAAUCAGAUGGUAAAUCACAAAAGUCAGACGAGGAUAAAUCCGUGGAUAUUCCUUUGAAAACACCAGCUCGCCGGCUGUUUGAUCUUUUACUGGCACCGGUGGAGGAUAUCCUGAUAAAAUUGGAGUCUAAGAGUCCACUCAUCAUUGUUCCAGACAAAUAUCUCCACCACUGUCCGUUUGGAAUCCUGCAGGACUGGUACUCCAGGUAUUUGUAUGACCGGUUUCGCAUUACUUACCUCCCAAGUCUGCUUGCAUUGGAGAAAGUUGUUCAUAAUGAACUGAAUCACCUACGAGCUAAGGAUGAUUUGGAGUUUGAACGGACUCAGGCACGAAAGGGUGGGCUCAGUAAGGUAUUAUCACUGAUGCUGCCGUCAGCUAGUACAACUCCAGGGGAAAACUCCAGUGUGUUGUCAUCAGAAGCAAUUUUUGACCUUAAAAAAGUGUCCAACCCUCGACUAGUGACUUCCAAUAUGUCAAGAACAAAAACACCAGUCAGAGACAAUACAAAGCUGACAGACGAAGUCAGUAAAAAGACAACGCGGCAGUCAACACAGAUAUUACCGGGAAUCUCAGAGUUUUCUGGCACGGACACAGCCAGUUUACAACAUAUACCUGUAGUGUCACUCUCCCAACAGGUAGCAGCACCACCAGCAGUAGGUAACCCUGUUCUCCCAGACAAAAUGCUAAACAUCCACAACUAUUCAACUCUUACAACAAGGACCUCCACUGGUACAGAUAUUACCACCUCAUCACAAUGUGUCACACAGUUUGAGCAGGUUUCCAGUCAUGACAGAUGUAUGGUGAUUGGAAAUCCUCAGCUCCCAGAAAAGUUACUGUUACAUGGACGUGAGUGGCGCCCCUCCCUGUUGGAUCUGGAUUGGGCACAUCAGGAGUGUAAAACUGUUGCCUCGUAUUUAGAUGUAGAUGCUAUCACAGGUCCUGAGGCAACUAAAGCACGCUUCCUUCAGGAUGCACCAAAGGCCACUGUGCUGCACAUAGCUACGUAUGGAUGUUUCAAGGAAGGAUUGCUGGUGUUGAGCCCCAGCCCUGUCCAGCUGGUGGAGGGUCCCCCUAAGGAGCCAUCCUAUCUGGUCACUGUAGAAGAUAUUCUAGAUCUGAAGUUGUCAGCAGAACUGGUCACACUAAAUGUAGGUUAUAGUCCCUACAGACUUAAAGAGACCAUCAACCCUGGUUAUGAGCUGGCUAGUGCAUUCCUUGCAGCAGGGGCAGAGUGUGUACUUCUGUAUGCCUGGCCUUUACCUAAUGAGACUGUGAACAAGUUCUACUUCCACUUCUAUGCCAAUCUCCAGACUGGGUCUUUUUUGACGACGGCGACGACUGCUGCUCUUCAGGCUGUUAAGGAGGAUAACAGGUUCAGUGAGACUUACUUCUGGUGUCCAUUUAUCUUGGUGGGUAAGGAUGUGAUGGUUAACUUGAAGGACAUCCGACACUCACAGCUGGACCAGACACUUGAUAGAACAGAGAAGUCUGUAGAAGAAGAACUGGGAAAGGAAAUUCUCAACCCCAAGUCCUCCUUGCCCAAAGUGCCUGUGAGAGAGGAGCACCUGUUAACACUUCAGUCACUUUUAGGAACUGUAUUGUAUCAUCAUUCCAAACAGCCAAAUGUUGUCCCAGAGCUGAUAGAUCUGCUGGACAGUUCACUGAAGAGACUCCACACAGAGGAGCUCAACCAACAGACAACAAACUUGUCAAAACACCUGACAGGAAGUAUUGGUGGCCUUGACCUGCUCAAGUGUCUCGGCUUCCACUUCCAGGCCAAAGGCUCCACCCUGGCUGACCCCUACGUCGUGUAUCCUCACUGGAACAGGGACGAACUGCUGGUCCCUACAUAUGAUGCCCUAAGGGCCGUUAGUGAGAUCACAAGGGAUACUACAUGUACAGAGAGGAUCCACAACAUGCUUCCAUUGUCUCAGGACACCAUAUCUCUAAUCAUUGAUCUGAUGAGUAUAACUAAACAUGCACCAGAGAUCCAGCUCAAAGUGAAUGACCUUUCCGUGCGACCUCUGUGGCAGAACCCGCCUGUGAAGAAAACACUGAAUGCCAUAGGAUUCCAUCAGAUUGGCCUGUUACUCAACUUUAAUCGCACACCACAGAACAAGACCUUGUUGACGGCUGUGCUACAACUCUUCCUAGCCAUGAGUGCCUAUAAGAGUCAGGUUUUGUUGUACAGACUGGACGUCAACCUUCUAGGCAAACCAGGCACUACGAAAGUGAUCAAGCCAACCAUGUUACAGGAAGUGGGUCGCCUUCCCUCCCUGACACCAUUACUGUUACCAAGGAAUCAGCUGAGGAUGAGUACACCCUGGCUUAGCCGAGCAGAAAAGGCAGAUGAGAUGGAUGAGAAGAUUAAAUUAGCUAGAGGGAAGUCGGAUCUGGAUGAGCGUUACACAGAGUACCAGGAGCGGGCACGAACCUGGCAUCAGAUCACUGUGGUAGCACAGUCGGAAUCGGUCAAGGCUAACGAAGCUCUUUCUAAAUUUGGUCGUCCGCGCACUACGCCAACCAAAGUCAAAGUCAUGGCCGGCGCGAGUGCGUCACGUGAUCGGAUACCUGUUGAACGCGAACACCUGAUGGGAAUUCCUGAGGUGGACCAAAGACGUGACUACGCCCAGUAUGUCUUACAGCAAAGACUCAGUAACAUAGAUCUUAGACACCGCAAUGACGUAAUGAAACUGUAUCUCCCUUACAUACAGAGUACAUAACAUACGAAUACCCAACA